AUGGCUACUCCCUCCCCCUACGUCUGCUUCCAUUGCAGAUUAUCACCUCGAUAUGGCUUAACGCAAUUGCCAUUCCGUCGCAAGUUCUCUGUGACCCCGCGAACCUCUCAGAUCUUACGGCCCGCGACAGCUCCCAAGCCCACGCCAGACAUCAAGCAUAUCCGCCAGAAUGCCGAUCUCUACGCGCAAAACUGCGUCGACCGAAACUAUGCAGGACACGCCGAAUAUCCAUCAAGGAUACAGGCCCUUUACGAUGAGGCAAAGCAGCUCGAUCACGACCUGAAGACCCCGCGCUCCCGAAUCAAGCAGCUGGAGAAAACAAUCGCGAAGCUGUCUAUUGCUGCUCGGCAGGAUGCAGCCAAGGAAGGAGGCAAUAAAAGGGCAGGGGAACUCGCAGGGCUCAAAUCCGAGGCACAGCAUCUAAAAGAUGAGUCUGCUGCUAUGGCCUCGCGCAAGGCGACCUGCGACGCGGACCUUCACCGGCUCGCUCUUUCCCUGCCGAACCUCACAUCCACCGAAACCCCCGUCGGAGAUGUCCCGCGUUUGAUCAAUUACCUCAAUUUCGACCCGCAAUCUCCUCCGACCUGGACCACCCAGUCCCCAGCCGACCUUCGCGCGCGGUCGCACGUCACAAUUGGCAGCGAGCUGGGCCUCCUCGACUUCACCAGUUCCGCUACAACAACCGGAUGGGGCUGGUACUUCCUCAUCAACGAGGGUGCCAUGCUCGAACAGGCACUGGUGCAAUAUGCACUGAGCGUAGCCCGGCGCCGCGGCUGGAAGACCGUCGCCCCGCCCUCAAUCGUCUACUCCUACAUCGCCGAGGCGUGCGGCUUCCAACCCCGCGACCAGCACAACGAGCAGCAGAUCUGGUCGAUUGAACAAAACGAGCGCGAUCGCAAUACCAAGCCGCCCCGCUCGCUGACGGGAACUGCUGAAAUCCCCCUCGCGGCGAUGUACGCUGGCCGUGACAUCGACGCCAAAGACCUUCCCCUCAAGCUUGUCGGUGCUAGUCGCUGUUACCGCGCCGAGGCUGGCUCACGCGGCGUCGAUACAAAGGGUCUAUACCGCGUUCACGAGUUUACAAAGGUCGAACUAUUCGGCUGGGCGGAUAAUGUUGACUCGGCCGCAAAAACAUCAGAUGACCUCUUUGCCGAGCUACUAGAUAUGCAAGCGGAGAUCCUGACAUCGCUUCAUCUUCCCUGCCGCGUGCUUGAAAUGCCAACCGGUGAUCUCGGCGCCAGCGCAACCCGCAAGCGUGACAUCGAGGCUCUCUUCCCCUCGCGCUUCCGUCCCACCGACCAGUCCUCUUCUACCAUAGAUCCCGAAGCUCACAAAUUGGAAUCGGCUUGGGGUGAGGUCACUUCUGCGUCUAUCUGUACGGACUACCAAAGCCGACGCCUCGCGACUCGCGUGCGUGGCGGUGCGACUAAAGACUCCCGAUUCCCGCACACAGUAAACGGCACUGCGAUGGCCGUUCCGCGCGUUCUAGCUGCCAUCCUUGAGAACGGAUGGGAUGCUGAGCAUGGCGUUGUAGUCGUGCCGAAAGUUUUGAGGCCCUGGAUGGAUGGAAUCGAGACGAUUGGCAAGCAGGCCUAG